AUGUGUAGGAAAGCAACAGAGAGUAGAAGUGAGAGCUUAAACGAAUUGAAGACCUUCUUAUUCACCUCUGAAUCUGUGAAUGAGGGACAUCCCGACAAGCUGUGUGAUCAGAUCUCUGAUGCAGUGCUUGAUGCCUGCCUAGAGCAAGAUCCUGACAGCAAGGUUGCCUACGAGACUUGCACCAAGACCAACAUGGUCAUGGUCUUUGGAGAGAUCACGACCAAGGCCAAUGUAGACUAUGAGAAAAUUGUGCGUGACACAUGCCGUGAGAUUGGAUUUGUUUCAGAUGAUGUGGGUUUAGAUGCUGACAAUUGCAAGGUCCUUGUCAACAUUGAGCAGCAGAGCCCUGAUAUUGCCCGAAGUGUCCAUGGUCAUCUCACAAAGCGGCCCGAUGAGAUUGGUGCUGGUGACCAGGGUCAUAUGUUUGGCUAUGCCACGGAUGAGACCACUGAACUGAUGCCUCUCAGCCAUGUUCUUGCAACCAAGCUUGGUGCCCGCCUAACUGAUGUCCGUAAGAAUGGCACCUGCCCGUGGCUGAGACCAGAUGGUAAAACCCAAGUGACUGUUGAGUACCACAAUGACAAUGGUGCCAUGGUUCCCAUUCGUGUCCACACCGUCCUCAUUUCCACUCAACACGACGAGACUGUCACAAAUGAUGAGAUUGCUGCUGAUCUCAAGCAGCAUGUGUUGCCGAUAAGGGUUGAGCAUGUCCAAGAAUGGUCGGCCAAUGGAGAAAUAGUAGGAGAAGAUUUAGGAGGAUAUCUAUAUAUAUUCAGCCACCUCACCAAAAGGGUUGUUACUAAACAACCGAGAUUUGUGUUAAUUUUAAAAGGAAAUUUCGUCAGAAAUAGAACAUUGGGAGAGGUUGGCUGAGGUGAUAUAAUAAAGUUCCUAAAAAAUAGGGAUUUAGUUAUAAGAAAGGAAAUUGAAUCCUUAUGGAAAUGAAAUUCAAAAAGAAAGGGGCAGCCACGUGAGCGUAUGGGUCAAGGCUAUAAAUGGUUUUUCAGCCAUUUAAAGGAAUAUUUCAGUCAAAGCUUGAAGAAAGAAGCUGCUAAAAAUCAGCAACUUACUAGCAAUCUUCCAGCAGCUUUCUACCGACUUAUUAGCAAUUAAUAUUUUCUUCAACAAAGGUAUUUUAUUUGAAGUAAGACGAAACAAGAGGAGAAGAGAUGUGAAAGACUACUGGAAUACGACUUAUUUUCAGCAACAAAGUGAAGCAAAUCAAGGAAAAGAGAGAUUUCAGUAAAGAUUUUCCCAUUGAAACUGGAGCAUCGAUAUUGAAGGCGAGGAAUGUUGGGCCGUAGCUCGGUUUGAAUUUGAAAAGGAAAAAAUGAUUGAAGCAAAAGAGAUUUUCUAGCAAUUAAUUAGGAGAAUAGGUUGAGAUAGAACUUCUAUAAAUAGAAGUAUUGUAUUCCAUUCCAAUUAGUCCAGCACCACCACAAAACAUGCAUUUCAACUAAAAAUGUUUUCAAUUGACUCUACGUCAUUUUUUCCUAUCAAUUUCUUUGUUUCAAUUUAAUGGCAAUUGAUUAGAUCAUUGUCAACUAUUUCAAUUCAGCCAUUUACUUUCUUUCAA